AUUUCUACGAAAACUAUUUAGAAAUUUCUUAUUUUUUUGUAAAUUUUCCAUCUAAAGCAAGAAUGUCUGACGAUGAAAUUGAUGUCCCAGCUGUAAAGAAACAAAGGAUAUUUUACGGAAGCCUUGAGGAAACAAUAAGAAAACUUGAGAUCGAGCAUUUGAAGAAAUCUGAAAAUCAACAACAACAAAAUAUCAAUGUCUCAGAUGGGCAAUAUUUGGAUCUAUCAGAAGAUAAAAACACUGAAAGAUAUCAACAACUUUUAGCUGAUUUUGAAAAACGAAAAAAAGCUCGCACAGUUGUUGUACCAACAAAUGACGCUGAAGUAAAAGCAAGAUUGAGAGAACUUGAGCAGCCUAUUUGUUUAUUUGGAGAAGGUCCUGUAGAAAGGCGUGACAGAUUGAGAAAACUUGUCGCUGAAUUUGGGGAUGAUGUUGAGAAGGAACCAGAACCUGUCACUAAACAGGAGAAAAAGGAUGAAGAAGAACAAGAAGUUUGGUACCAUGAAGGUCCACCUGAACUGAAAGUCUCUAGAAUAUGGAUUGCAAAUUUUUCAUUUCCUAGGGCAAAUGAAAGGUUGAAAAAGGCUCGGGUUUUACAAGCGAGGCCAGAUGCUGAGAAAGCAGCAAAAACACAAGAACUUCAUAAAAGGUUACGAGCACUUGUAAACUCCUGCAGUCAGAUUGGAGAUGAUCGACCAUUGUCAUACUGUCAAUUUUCACCAAACUCUAAAAUGCUGGCAACUUGCUCAUGGAGUGGAUUAUGUAAAUUGUGGUCUGUACCAGACUGUUCAUUGAUCAGAACCUUGCGAGGUCAUAAUUCAAGAGUUGGUGGUGUAGUAUUUCAUCCUCAGGCUACAGUUUCUUUAGAACCAUCUGUUCCAUGCAUGGCAUCUUGUGGUGCUGAUGGUGAUGUAAGGUUGUGGAACAUGGAAUCGGAAACACCCAUUGCAAAUAUUGAAGGUCAUGACAAACGAGUAUCUCGUAUUGCAUAUCAUCCGUCAGGAAGAUUCCUUGCGACAUGUUGUUUUGAUUAUUCGUGGAGACUGUGGGACUUGGAUCAACUCAAAGAAGUAUUGCAUCAGGAAGGUCACUCGCGAGAAGUUUACCAUAUUGCCUUUCAUCCUGAUGGUUCACUGACAGGAACAUGUGGCUUAGAUGCUCGUGGUCUUGUUUGGGACCUAAGAACGGGCCAAUGUGUCAUGCCUUUAGAUGGUCAUCUACAAAAAGUCUUGGCUAUCGACUUCGCACCUAACGGGUACCACGUAGCUACGGGCAGCGAAGAUCAGAAAGUCAUGAUUUGGGACUUGCGAAAAAGAAAAGCAAUUUACACAAUUCCGGCGCAUACAAAUCUGAUCUCGUAUGUUAAAUUUCAUGAUCAAUAUUUGUUGUCUGGUUCUUAUGACUGCAAAGUAAAGGUCUGGACACAUCCAGGUUGGAUUCCUUUAAAAACUCUAGCUGGUCAUGAACAAAAGGUGUCGUGUGUGGAUAUUUCCAAAGAUGGUCAGUUCAUCGCGUCCAGCUCUUUCGAUAGAACAUUUAAACUUUGGUCAACAGAAUGAUUCAAGAUUAUGUCUUACUAACGGCAACCCAAAGCUACAACACUCCAGUUUUUCUUGAAUUACGUUCAUUGUGAAUCAACCAACACCCUCGUUCCCUGGCUUUCCCUCUGUGUAACUGAGGUGCAAGUAAUCCAAGAGCGUAUUUAACAACGAAUUGUGUUGAACGAUGGAACAAAAUUAAGACAAAAUAAAGUCUUUCGAUAUAUACAUGGCCGUUUUGGUUAAGGCUGUUUCAUUAACCCAUUUUCCACAGUAGGAAAAACAUUGUACAUGUAAAAAAAUCGCUUCGAAAAAAUAUACCGUUUCCUACUUUUUCAGGUAGACACAGACCGGACGCGAUGUGGCAACGCGGCGCGAAAUUUUCAGUUUUCAGAAUGACAUAAAAAUUAAACUCUAGAAGAAAGUUUUGGAACCUAUGAACGC